AUGGAUCAAACGGGUGAGUCUGAAAAAGCGAAGCAACUUAGAAUUAGUUGGAAAAAUUUGAACGUGGUGAAAACGUUUUUAGAAGCUUGUGUUCAGGGGACUUCUGACCGAGAUGGAGGUAAUCUCAAACAAAAGUCUUGGAAAAAAGUUUCACAAACCCUUAAAGAUACCCAUAACUUUAUUGUUAAUCGUAAGCAAAUGAAAAAUCAUUACGACUAUCUCAAGGGGAAAUAUGAAGCAUGGUUACUCCUAAGAAACAAGACAGGAAAUGUAUACGACCCGUCUACUAACACUUUUAAUCUGACCGAUGAGGAGUGGGAGGCAGCAAUGAAGGACCCUUUUUGA